CUCGUUCUUGAGGUUAUGUUCACUCCGUCUGUAUCAAUUAAGGACUUCUGCCAAACUGAUUACAUCAAUUACAAGGCUAUCAUGAGAAUUUUAAUGAAGUUGAAGAUGGCGGAUGCUAAGGCAAAGACGCUCGCAAAGCCCGAGACUCCGGCUAUCAAAAAGGGUCGUCCGAGAAACUACGACCUGGGAAACGGAAUUUAUCGUUUCAGUAGGACACGUAUGUUCCAUAAAAAAGCUGUGUACAAGUUCCUAGACAAGAAAACUCCCAAGACCGUGAAGCCCAAGAAGCCUGUGACGAUUGAAAAAAAAAUCAAUGGUGAGAAGAACGGAGGUACCCGUAUCGUUCGUCUCCAGAAGAGACGGCCCAACUAUCCAACGUCAGACCCAGUAACAGUUCAUCACGCAAAAAAAACUUUCCGUGAUCACACCCGUUAUGUACGACCAACCCUGACACCUGGAACAGUUUGCAUUCUUUUGGCAGGACCACACAAGGGCAAACGCGUGGUUUUACUGAAGGUGCUCAAGAGUGGUCUUCUUCUCGUGAAUGGGCCAUUCCUCAUCAACGCUUGUCCUCUUCGUCGUGUUAGCCAACAUUAUGUCAUCGCCACAUCUACGAAGAUCGAUAUUUCUGACGUACAACUCCCUGAUGUUCUGAACGACGAAUACUUCCAGAGGAAACGCGACAAGCGUGCCAAGAAGGAAGAGGGAGAUAUUUUCCGCCAAAAGAAAGCGGAGUAUAAACCCAGCGAGCAGAGGAAGUCCGACCAGAAGGUCGUUGACAAACUUAUAAUCGCAGCCAUUAAAAAACGGGAAGACAGGAAAAUGCUGUUCACGUACUUGUCAGCAAUGUUCGGGCUCCGUAGUAGCCAAUACCCACAUAGACUGAAAUUCUAAACUAAUUUUCCAAAUAAAAUUUGAAAAACAUCAUUUAAUGUGUCAUUCUGUAAUGCUCAUUCUGUACAAUCUAUUCAUUAAAAUAUAUUUCAUAAUUUCAA